AACUGUUUUACCUUUCAGGCUUAGGUGAAGAACACAUACCUUACUUCAGAAGUAAGGCCAUGCAUAAAGAGGAAGAUCCAGCAAUUCAUUUCAGCUUCCCUCUUCCUCCUGUCAUCAUAAAACAGAACAGGAUGGCGAUUCCUGAUCAUGAAUCGAGGAUCGCCUUCCUCAGGAGAGAACUUGAAGCUUCUCUGGCGAUGAUCAAUUCACUGGAGAAAGAAAAUCUGGAAUUAAAACAAGAAGUGGCUCGGCUAAGGGUGCAAGUAAGUGCCCUCAAAGCGCACGAUAAUGAGAGGAAAUCCAUGCUUUGGAAGAAGUUGCAGUACUCAAUGGAUAGCAACAUCACAGAGAAAUAUUUACAGAAACCAGCAAUUCAGAUGGAAAUACCAGAGAAGAGUCCAGUAGUGGAGAACCUGUAUCCAAAGGAAGAUUUAGUAGAAGCUGCAGCCAAAAAGGAGAGCCCGGCCAGAGUACCAAAACCACCACCUAGGCCUCCACCUACCACUACAGUUCCUGCCUAUGUCGAAGAAGUAAAUGGAAACAAAGUGCCACCAGCACCAGCACCUCCACCACCACCACCGCCGCCACCACCACCAUCAAAAUUGCUAGUUAGAUCGAAAGCAGUGCAUCGUGUGCCAGAGGUGAUGGACUUUUAUCGUUCACUCAUGAAGAGAGAUUCGCAAAGGGAGAGCAAAACCAAUCAGAUGGGAUUGCCAUCAGCCACAAAUUCUAGAAACAUGAUUGGAGAAAUUGAGAACCGAUCAGCUUAUCUAUUAGCUAUAAAAUCAGAUGUGGAAACUCAAGGGGAAUUUAUUAAUUUCUUAACGAGGGAGGUGGAGGGUGCAGCCUUUACAGAGAUUUCCGAUGUGGAGACCUUUGUGAAAUGGCUAGAUGGAGAGCUGUCCUGCCUGGUUGAUGAAAGGGCUGUGUUGAAGCACUUCCCGCGGUGGCCAGAGAGAAAAGCAGAUGCAUUGCGCGAAGCUGCAUUCAACUACCGGGACCUGAAAAACCUCCAAUAUGAAGUUUCAUCAUUCAAAGAUAAUCCAAAACAGCUUUUGACCCAGUCCCUUACAAAGAUACAAGCAUUGCAAGACAGAUUGGAAAGAAGUGUUGACAACAUUGAGAGAAUGAGAGAGGCUACAAGCAAGAGAUACAGGGAGUUCCAUAUCCCUUGGAAAUGGAUGCUGGACAUCGGGCUCAUUGGCCAGAUGAAAUUGAGUUCAUUGGCACUGGCAAAGGAAUAUAUGAAAAGGGUAACUAAAGAAUUGCAAUACAAUGAAUCCUCGCAAGAAGAGAUUCUAUUGCUACAAGGCGUUCGGUUUGCUUAUAGAGUGCACCAGGUGGUUUUGAUGUGGACACCACGGAGGCAUUCGAAGAACUAAGGAAGGUUAAAAUGAGUUGUCAAAAACAAUAGUAUGCUACUAAAACUCCCUACUCUUGAUAGCAUGCAGAUUGUGGUCCGUGGCACACCACGGCCCACCAAUGUAAAAGGUGUUAUUUUUUGGCUAGACCAGAUAUAUCACUGGUAAUUGUGAACUACUAUAUCAGAGAUACUCUCUAUAUCUAUACAUCUGCAGAAGAUUCCAGAUAGGUUUCUUCUGUUCUCAA